CGCCAUUCACGACCAAUAGAAUUAUUUCAACUUAUACAAUGUUUUUAAGCAAUUAUUUUUCUUGUAUUUCACCUUCUAUUACAACAAAUUAUCUUAUAUUUAAAAUACUGUCAUCUGUAAAAUGAGCAGCACAUUAUAAUAAAUUAAUAUUGAAUCUAUGUAAUAAUUACAAAUGGUUGAGCUUACCAAACAUCAUAUUUUUCUAAUUGUUUGGAAAAUACUAAACAGAGACAAUGGAGAAAUACCAGCAUAUGAGAACGUUUAUAUCGGCGGUUUUAGAAUACACGAAACAUCCUAGCGAAACAACUGCCUCAGUUUUACAACGAAAUCUUGGUAUAAUAAGCGCCUCGUUGGAUUUGAGUAUAUUUGACCCUGGAACCAGCAUAGCAGCUGAAUUUUAUGUUAGUCUGCAUGAACUUAUGAAUUCUCUGGCAUCCAGAACUACUCUAAUUUGGAGCUCUGUUGAUGUCUUACAAAAUGCAUGCAGAAAUGCUGCUGCAAGACAAGCUUUAAUUCAUAUGUACAAAUUUGCUCCCAUAUUGGCAAGAUUGUUGGAGGCUAAUUUAACGAGUGAGAAAAGAGUAAGGGUAUUAAAAUUGCUUCAAGAAUUGACAUAUGGCAUAAAAAUAUCGUGGCAAGAAGCUCAUUUGCCAUAUUUAAUAUCAAUACUGACACAAUGGGUGACACAAUCCAAAGAGGAAGACAUCAUUGCACUUUCCUUAGGUGUAUUAGUAAAUCUUUGUUACAAAAACCUUCCAGCUGUAUAUACCUUGAUGAGGACGAUAGAUACAAAAGCAUUUAUAAGAACACUGUUAAAACUGCAACACUGCAGUGUAAAUACAAGCGUGCAAUGUUGUAAACUCUUGAUUAUAUUAGAACACACUAAUACGAACAUUUCGGAGAAGUACAUCUUGGAUUUUGCGGCUGUUACGUUUAGCAGUCUUAUAACUGCCAUGAAACAAAAGGAUGUUUUGUUACUUAGACACAUUAUAGAUUUCUUUCAAGAUGUUGGACAGAACGAGCAUUCUCAUUCCGUUUUACUCACGUACCCGCAUUACGGUAAAGAUGUAGAAACUGUAUUGGCUACGUUAGAAGACAACGCGGAUCCAGAAUGCGUUGCCCUUAUGAUGGAAUUUUUAUCAUCGUUGGUAAAAUUAAAAUUGUCCGCUUUGGUACCCUUGUAUCCUUUAUGUGUGAAAACAGCGAUGACUUGGCUUCCUGUAGAACAGGUUUGUUCUAAAGCGUUAGCUUUGAUAAGGGUCACAGUAAUUGACGCGCGACGUACUAAAACAUCCGCCGAGGUACUUGCAGAACUGGACGCUUCCGUUUUGAUGCUUAUUAUCAAUUCAGAAAACGCGGAGAUUCAAGAGAAGCAUGAAUUAAGUUUGGAAACGGAAUCGAGAUUAGCUGAGUUAAUGCAAUUGUUUCAAGAGAUGGUUAAAAUUCCAAUGCUCAGAACAAAAGUAAUGCAACUGUUGAACGAACAAAUGAUCCGUAAAUUGUUAAGUCCGAUGUUGGAUAGCGAAACAUGCGCCGCCGGUGACUGGCCAGGAAAUUUUAUUCAAAAUCCUACUACCAACUUGUGUAUUCAUGCGUUAGCUUUGACUGCUGAUCUGGCGACUAAUCAUUCACAAUGGUUAACGUUAUAUUCCGAAUUACUGCGAAACCAACAGAUUCAAAUGACAAUGGCACACGCAUUGUUUACAGGCGAUGGAGAUAUUAAGCAAAAAGUGUUACAGUUAACGUCAACCGUAGGAUUUCCGCAGGAAUGUGUUUCCGCGGUGGCGCUAUGUAUGAAGCAAUUGGAACCUCUAAUAUUGAUACAAAGUUCACCCGGCGUCGCUCCAAAUGUUGCAAAUAAAAUAUCCAUAAGUUCAAACACCGAAAUGGCUCCACUUUUCUCUUUCUCCCAAGAGGAACGGCUUGAUGCAUUUUUAGCAAAAUUGCAAAGAGCUUAUGAAUCAAACGAAAUUGGUGAUAUUACCACAUCAGCGGUAAUGGAACUGUACGAAUACAAGCUGGCAGCAAUGAGACACGCAGAAAGAGCAAUGCAAUCCAGUUUAGAGGCAGCAAGCAAUCAUGGAAUCAGUUUGCAACAUAGGCUGGCACAAGUGGUGGCCGAAUCGAGUCGUUUACAUCAGAUGCUAUUCGAUUCGCAGCAAUGUUUAGAAGGAGUGAAGUCUACAUUGACGGUAAAACUUGCUGAAGUAGAGGAGCAAAGUAAGAAAGCGAUCGCUAUCAAGAAACAAGAAAUUGAAGGAUUGAAAAAAAUAGUAACGGAAAAAUCUUCUACUAUUGAUCACCUGAAUGUAAUGCUCGUGCAACACAAACAUGACUUAGAAAGCAGUAUCAAUAGAAUUGAAGUGUUGACUAAAAAAAUCAAAGAACUAGAAAUUGAAUGUAUAAAUGCGAACGCGAAAAUUACAGAGUUGUCCAGUAAAAAUCAUGAGAUAAGCAAGCUUCUCCAUAAAAUGCAAGAUCAACUUAAUAAAAAAGAUCAGGUCAUAGAACAAAAAACUGCAGAAAUUCAAUCGAAUCAAAAAGACAUUUCUGCGCUUAAACAAGAAUCUCAACAAUUAUUGCAAUUAGUACAUACGUAUGAACAAAAUAUUGCAGAAAAGGAAGAAACUAUUAAUAAAAUGAAAGCAGAAUUGACGGAUUUAAGUCGCAUGAGAGAUAUGAUCUUUGAACUUACUGCCAAAAAAAAGGAAGACUUAAGCACAAGUUAA